AUGAAGAGAAGUCGCAGUGUAAAAAUCAAAGGACAAACUUUAACCAUUGAGGGGCAUAAUGGAGAGGAAGAUAUGAUGGGCAGAGUAACAUGGUUGCCGGUUCAGGAGUUAAUUAGGGGGUGGACGGAUAGCGAUAUAAGCAGAAGUUUAUAUAUAACUGACAAGCAGGAUUGUAAUGAUAAUCAGGCAUUGAGACCUUAUAGAGAACCAAAAGAGUACUCUAGGGGAAGGAGAAUGGAAAUAAGACAGAGUUUUGAGCCGCAAAGGAAAGGGGGAAUGAAUUGUUAUAAUUGUGGUAAACUAGGUCAUAUGCUUAGAGAUUGUCGUGAUACAAAGUGUUUUGGUUGUGGGAAAUUUGGUCAUAUAGCCCCUUACUGUCCUGGCAAACAGGAAAGGUUGAGAUGUGCGGGUUGUGGACGCUUUGGACAUAAUAAAAUGGAUUGUAAUGUAAGCAGUACAAGAGGAUCCAAGGAGCGAAACAAAUGGGAACAACCCAAGAAGCGUAACAAGAGAGGAUCCAAGGAGCGAAACAAAGAGGAACAACCCAAGAAGCGUAACAAGAGAGGAUCCAAGGAGCGAAACAAAGGGGAACAACCCAAGAAGCGUAACAAGAGAGGAUCCAAGGAGCGGAACAAAGGGGAACAACCCAAGGAGCGCAACAAGAGAGGAUCCAAGGAGCGAAACAAAGGGGAACAACCCAAGAAGCGUAACAAGAGAGGAUCCAAGGAGCGAAACAAAGGGGAACAACCCAAGAAGCGUAACAAGAGAGGAUCCAAGGAGCGAAACAAAGGGGAACAACCCAAGAAGCGUAACAAGAGAGGAUCCAAGGAGCGAAACAAAGGGGAACAACCCAAGAAGCGUAACAAGAGAGGAUCCAAGGAGCGAAGCAAAGGGGAACAACCCAAGAAGCGUAACAAGAGAUGA